ACACUCAUAAUCACAACGAUGUGGUCAAAAAUAGUCAAAAAUAGAGUGUCCAUACGAUUUUGGUCGUCUCUCGUACCGGACGAACCUGAAGGCCCCUGCGUACUAACAGACGUUCCAGGUCCCUGUUCCAAAAAAUUAAAAAAAGACUUGGGCAAAAUGCAGUAUGCCGGAGCAGUAAAAGUCUUCGGCAAUUACCAAAAAUCAAUUGGAAAUUAUCUAGUAGAUGCCGAUGAUAACGUCCUUUUGGAUAUGUACGCCCAAAUAUCAACCCUUGCCCUCGGAUAUAAUCAUCCCGAGCUACUGAAAGUGUUUCAAGAUGAGAAAAAUUUGAAAACGAUGAUUAACAGACCCGCACUUGGAGUGUUCCCUGGAGAAGACCAACCAAAACGAGUCCACAGCGUAGUCAGCCAGAUCGCCCCUUGCUUACCCAAAAUCAACCUCAUGAUGUGCGGCGCCUGCGCUAACGAACAAACCUUCAAGAACGUCUUCAUAGCCUACCAGCGCAAGAAGCGAGGAAAAAAAGACUUCACAGACGAGGAAAAACACACCGCUGUGAUAAACCAGCCACCGGGAGCGCCAAACCUGUGUAUACUAUCAUUCGCUGGGGCGUUCCACGGUCGUACCACGGGUGCUUUGGCGACGACGCACACCAAAUUCAUCCACAAAAUAGACUUUCCGUCUUUGGACUGGCCCGUAGCUCACUUUCCUCUUUAUAAAUAUCCUCUAGGUGAACACGAACGCGAAAACGCAGUCGAAGACAAAAAGUCGCUGGCUCAAGUGGAGGAUUUGAUUGCUACGUACAACAAGAAGGACACUCCGGUGGCUGGGGUGAUAGUGGAGCCUAUACAAAGCGAGGGUGGUAAUAACGAAGCAUCACCGAAGUAUUUUCAAGAGUUGCAAAAAAUUGUGAAGAAGAAUAACGCGUAUUUGGUGUUUGAUGAAGUGCAGACGGGAGGAGGUGGUACUGGGAAGUUUUGGUGUCAUGAGUACUUUGACUUGGCGACACCACCAGACGUUGUUACUUUUAGUAAGAAGUUCUGUCUAGGGGGAUACUUUCACAGCGACGAAUUAACACCGGAUAAACCAUUUCGAGUGUUUAACACCUGGAUGGGGGACCCUGGAAAAGUUAUAAUGUUAGAAACUAUUAUUAGGGUGAUGAGAGAGCAAGAUUUGUUGGAUAAUGUACAAGAAGCUGGUGCCCGACUGAAGUGCGGGCUUUUUGAAUUGGAAGAAGAGUUUAGUGAGAUUAUGAAUUCAGUGAGAGGACCUGGGACUUUUUUGGCGUUUAAUAUUGUUAAACCGGAAUUGAGGGACACCGUUUUACAAAAACUGCUACAAAAAGGUGUUUUGUGUGGUGGUUGUGGCGAUUUGGGAAUCCGGUUUAGACCAGCGUUAAUCUUCCAAAAACAUCACGCUGAAAUAGUGUUAGAUAAGCUACGGGAGGUAUUGAACGAGUUGAAUUGUUGA